AUUUGGAGUGGGAGUCUGAAGCUGCAAUAAAAAUAAAACACAGUUCUUCUUGUAAAAAGUUCGCCGACGCCAUCUCCGACUCUGAGUUUAGCAUCUCUACUACUCCACCUCGACUGCUCUCUGUCCAUCCUUUUGUCCAAAGAGGGGAAUCCACACAAACUUAUUCACCAAAUAUAGGGCUUUGGGCAUGGGCGACACAACCGGUGGGGCUUCUCUCCCGUCCACCGGUACCGACGCCAAAAAGCGCCGCGUGACCUACUUCUACGAGCCCACUAUCGGCGAUUAUUACUACGGCCAGGGACACCCAAUGAAGCCCCACCGAAUCCGCAUGGCACACAAUUUGAUUGUGCACUACUCCCUCCACCGUCGCAUGGAGAUCAACCGGCCCUUCCCCGCGGGUCCCGCCGACAUCCGUAGGUUCCAUUCGGAUGACUACGUCAAGUUCCUUGCUUCCGUGUCUCCAGAGUCUCUGGCGGAUCCUGCGCAUAAUAGGCAUCUCAAGAGGUUUAAUGUUGGGGAGGAUUGCCCAGUUUUCGAUGGGCUUUUUGGGUUUUGUCAGGCGUCUGCGGGUGGCUCGAUUGGGGCUGCUGUUAAGCUCAAUCGAGGUGAUGCGGAUAUUGCUUUGAACUGGGCUGGCGGUUUGCAUCAUGCUAAGAAGAGUGAGGCGUCCGGGUUUUGUUACGUUAAUGAUAUUGUUCUGGGAAUUCUGGAAUUGCUAAAGGUUCACAGGCGUGUCCUGUAUGUUGAUAUUGAUGUCCACCAUGGAGAUGGUGUUGAGGAGGCGUUCUAUACUACUGAUAGGGUCAUGACAGUAUCUUUUCAUAAAUUUGGAGAUUUCUUUCCAGGGACAGGACACAUAAAGGAUACUGGUGCUGGGCAAGGGAAAAACUAUGCCCUGAAUAUUCCAUUAAAUGAUGGGAUGGAUGAUGAAAGUUUUCGCGGUCUGUUUCGUCCCAUUAUCCAGAAAGUCAUGGAGGUUUAUCAACCUGAUGCAGUUGUUCUUCAAUGUGGGGCUGAUUCAUUGUCUGGUGAUAGGUUGGGGUGCUUCAACUUGUCUGUGAAGGGCCAUGCUGAUUGCCUUCGUUUUCUUAGAUCUUUUAAUGUUCCUCUGAUGGUCUUGGGUGGUGGUGGGUAUACUAUUCGGAAUGUUGCCCGUUGCUGGUGUUAUGAGACAGCAGUUGCUGUAGGGGUAGAACCUGAUAAUAAAUUGCCUUACAAUGAAUACUACGAGUACUUUGGCCCGGAUUACACACUUCACAUUGAACCUUCCAACAUGGAGAACCUGAAUGCACCUAAAGAUAUGGAGAGAAUAAGGAACAUACUAUUAGAGCAACUCUCUAAACUGCCUAAUGCACCCAGCGUACCUUUUCAGACAACACCAUCCACCACUGAAGUCCCAGAAGAGGCUGAAGAAGACAUGGACAGAAGACCUAAACGUCGCAUAUGGAAUGGUGAGGAUUAUGGGUCUGAUCAUGAUGAGGAUGAGAAGCUUCGACCUAGAAGUUUGAACAUUGAUGGCAACGCUGUUGCAAAAGAUGAGAUGAGGGAUUACACGGAUGAAAUGGAAGACAAGAAAGAAGAGCAUCCACAAUCUUGACACAUUGAACUGUCGUCUCGUUGCCUUGCCUCAGUAUAUUGUAAACUCAGAGAUAGUCUCUGUCCUGCAACAAGAGAGCGCAUGGCUUCUAAGCCAUGAGAUUCUUCUUAUAGAUUUCUGAUGAAGCAUAAAGUAGAUCUCACAGAACAGUAAUCUCCCUCUGCUGUCACCAUAUUGUUUGAAACUGUACUGUUAUAGAAUCAGAGACUCAGAUGUCAUAUGGGAACGUAAUAUCAAUACAAUUUACCUUUUUUCCA